AUGUGGCACAGUCAAAGACUGACAGAUGAAAAUAGGGAGAGAGCAGAACUGGUGACCUCAUUAAGUGAAGAUAGAGCUGCCUUUGAGAAGAAACUAGAAGAGAGUGAAAAGGAGAUAGAAGGGAUUUCACGUCAGAAUGCUGCGAUAGUGGAAGGUAAUGAGAAACUGGCAGCCAGACAUAAAAUCCAUGAACAGAUGAAGGAAAGCUUUCAUAAGCAGAUUGAAGACCUAGAGAAUGAGUUACAAAAACAGAAAUCUUUAGCAUUGGAGACACUGGACAAUGAAACACAGCUUAAAUCCAGAAUAGCAUCUCUAGAACUUCAGAUUAAGGAGCUGGACUCUUCUAGAAAUAUUGAAAGAGAAGAGACCAAGUCUAAAAUA